AUGGCUGUAGGAAAGAAUAAACGUCUUAGUAAAUCCAAGAAAGGAGCCAAGAAGAGAAUUGUUGAUCCUUUUACCAGGAAAGAUUGGUUUGACAUUAAAGCCCCAACCACUUUUGAAAACAGAAAUGUUGGUAAGACUUUGAUUAAUAGAUCAACUGGUUUAAAAAACGCAGCUGAUGGAUUAAAAGGAAGAGUUGUUGAAGUUUGUUUAGCUGAUUUACAAGGUUCCGAAGAUCACGCUUACAGAAAAAUCAAGUUAAGAGUUGACGAAGUUCAAGGUAAAAACUUGUUGACCAACUUCCACGGUUUGAACUUUACAUCAGAUAAAUUAAGAUCAUUGGUUAGAAAAUGGCAAUCAUUAGUUGAAGCUAACGUCACUGUCAAAACCUCUGACGACUACGUUUUGAGGGUUUUCGCUAUUGCCUUCACCAAGAGACAACCAAACCAAAUCAAAAAGACAACUUAUGCUCAAUCAUCCAAGUUGAGAGAAGUUAGAAAAAAGAUGACUGAAAUCAUGCAAAGAGAAGUUUCAAACUGUACUUUGGCUCAAUUAACUUCUAAAUUGAUUCCAGAAGUCAUUGGUCGUGAAAUUGAAAAAUCAACUCAAACUAUCUUCCCAUUACAGAAUGUUCACAUAAGAAAAGUCAAAUUGUUGAAACAACCUAAAUUCGACUUGGGUUCAUUAUUGGCUUUACACGGUGAAGCCUCAUCUGAAGAAAAAGGUAAGAAAGUUUCUAGCGGUUUCAAAGAUGUUGUUUUGGAAUCAGUUUAA